AACACAAAAUCCCCAUCUCCCGAGCCCUAAUUUUCCUGAAAAAAAAAAAAAACACAUUUCCAUCUUUUUCUUCAAUUUCUUCAAUCAAAUCUCUCAAAUUCAUCACCAACACCAUCAAACCUUCAAUAACAAAACCUCAAUUUCAUUUCCAUUCCCCCAAUCCCCAAUUUUAUUGCCAAAUUAGGUAUAGAUUCAAGAGAAUCUUGUCUAAUCGUAUACGCAUAGAUCGGAAAGAUUAUUCGGAAAUUGUGAGCGGAUAUCAGAUUCAGGAUAAUUGUUUGUUGAUUGAAAAUGGCGUUACCGGUGAAAUAUUAUGUGUUGUGGAUGUUUAUUAUGUUGCUGCUUACGUCAUUCGUCUCCUCAUCGACGUCAUGUUCUCGAUUGAAGCCGUUUGUUUAUGAUCUGCAGCUUCAAUGCCCUACGACGGUUAUGUAUACGUGGCCAAUCGAGAUGAAUGGGGAGUCUCUUGACAAGAUUUUGAGCUCCAAUCAAGUGAACACAUAUGUAGCCAUAAUGUUCUAUGCUUCUUGGUGCCCAUUUUCAAGAAACUUGCAACCCAAGUUUGAUGCCCUCAGUUCAAUGUUUCCACAAAUUAAGCAUGUGAUGGUUGAACAAUCUUCGGUACAACCAAUUACUUUCUCAAAACACGGAGUUCAUAGUGUUCCUUCGGUUUUGUUAGUCAACCGAACAACCAGAAUGCGGUUUCAUGGCCCAAAGGAUCUACACGCGUUUGUGCACUUUUAUCAAAAAGCUACCGGACUUGAGCCAGUAAUGGACUUGGCCAAAGAUCCAAUCAUCUUUUCCGAAAACAAAUCAACAAUUCCCGAAUCACACAACAAAGCCCAACUGAAGAACAUAAUCUCAAACGAACCGUAUCUCAUCUUCUCCAUGUUCUUUCUCUUCACAAAGACGCUUUUAUACCUAUAUCCAAACAUGGUAUCAAACAUCGUUGCGCUCUGGCUUGCAAACAUUCCUCAUUUGAAUCUUUCAAUCUUUGGUGAGUCAAGACAACAUUUGGCUCGCGUUCUUCAGUUGGUCGAUUUCAAAAGGGUGUUCAGCAAACUUAAGCUUGUUAGAAGCGCCCGUGCAUGGACUUCAUCGUUGGCAUCGUUCUCGUUUUGUAAGGCGUCUUCCUUUAGAGCCUCACAAGGAUGAAAGUUGUAAACUUUCAUGGCGGAACUUCUGAAAUGUGCGAAUCGAUCCCUUUUUGGAAUUGUGGUUUAGGGUAGGACUGUUUGUAAAUUUGAGAACCAAGUUUGAUGUGUUUUGUGUAUAUUAUGUAUUAGUGAGCAAUGGUCCAAAACUGAUUAGGUUUCGGGUAAUGCAGUUUGGUCUCACAUGUACCGUUUUGAAUAAUUACCCAAUGUUUUUGGGAUGUUUGUUUAUAACAUACUCUUACUAUUAAAAAUAGGAAUUGUAUAAGAACCCAAUGUUUUUGGAA